AUGAUGUUUAGUGAUGUUAGUAAGUUAGUUUCUAAGUUUACUCCUAACUUUUCUUGUGGAGUAGACUCGGUUGGUACAAAAGGGGGGUUAGCGUUGUUUAGUUGGUAUUUGGGGGAUGUUUUUUGUGUAGCUUCUUCCCCAAAUUUUAUCUUUUGUAAUGUUGGUGACAUUAGUGGAAGUAGUAGGCACAUUUUGUUUUUGUAUGGGGCUUCGAAAGUUGAAGAUAGAGCUAGUGUUUGGGAGGAAAUUUCAACUCUUAUUGCUACUAUUCCUAAUGUCUUGGUGAUGGGAGAUAUUAAUCAACUUGAAUACUAUAGUGACAAAUUGGGGGGUGCUUCUUUAAUUAAGGGGUUGGAUGUAUUUUUGGAUUGGAGAUUCCAAACUAAUUUAUUAGAAGUACCUUUCUCGGGACCCCGAUACACUUGGUCAAAUAAGAGAUUGGGGGUGGAUUUGAUUAUGGAAAGAUUGGAUAGAGCCUACUCUUCAUCACAAUGGUUCAAUGAUUUUCCGGAUGGACGGGUUGUCCAUGAACCAAUUACGGUCUCGGAUCAUGCGGCGAUUAUAUAUGACACUAACAACCAAGUGACAAAGUCUAAUAGGCCUUACCAAAUUGAGACUUGGUGCUUAGUUUUUCCGGAAAUUAAGGGCUUCAUAGAUGAGGUGUGGAGUACUCAUUGUACGGGUUCAGUUAUGUACAAAUUUCUGCAAAGGUCGAAAUGGCUGCGUAAUAAAAUCAAAAGGUGGUGCCUAGACAACAAAAAAGUGUGGGGGAUAAAUUGGAGGAAGUUUUCUGCAGAUUUGUCAGUGCAGGGUGAGAAGGUGACUACUUUGGAUCAAGGAAGUAGGUAUGUGGAGGCAAUUAACGACACGAUCAUUCAUAGUAGUCUAGAGUUUAGGUAUUGGCAACAACGAAUGAAGGAUAAAUGGAUAAAGGAGGGCGACAUUUCAUCAAAGAUGAUGUAUGGUAGGGUGAAGCACCGACAGAAAAGGAGGGAGAUCAUUACCCUUAGAACGAAUGAGGAUGAGUGGAUUCAAGGUCAGAAUAAUUUGGAAGCUCUCAUUAUAAAUAGCUUGAAAGAAGUUUAUAACCCGCCGAUGGUAGUUGAGGAAAUAAUGAAUGAUAACAUUGGCUUGGUGUUAAGAGAGUUGGAGUUACCUCCUAUAGAUUCAACGGAUGCGGCUUCUUUAGUCAAGCCUUUUUCACACCAAGAGAUCAGGAAGGCGAUGUUCUCUAUUCACAAUCUUAAGGCGCCAGGCUAUCUACUAAAGGAACUUAACGCUUCCAUUCUUGUUAUGAUUCCAAAAGUGGAGUACCCGGAAUUACCAACACAGUUCAGGCCUAUUAUUUUAUGCAAUACUAUCUAUAAAUGCAUAGCUAAAUGCUUGGUAAAUAGAAUGAAGCACCUAUUACCAAACCUGAUUUCGGAGUUUCAACAUGCUUUUGUUCCGAGAAGAUAUAUUGAGGAUAAUGUAAUGCUGAGCCAUGAAUUGCUUCAUUUGGUUAACACUAGUGACGGUGAGUCCACAAAAAUGGUGAUUAAAUUGGAUAUGUCCAAGGCUUAUGAUCGGGUGAAUUUGACUUUCCUUCUGAGAAUUCUAAAGGCUUAUGGGUUUCCAGAAAAGUGGAUUCAGUGGAUUUCACAGUGCAUCUCAACGGUUUCUUAUAAGACUCUCAUCAAUGGCCAGAUUUCGGAAAUGUUUAAACCGGAUUGUGGCUUGAGGCAAGGUGAUCCCCUUUCACCCUACCUCUUUCUCUUUUGUAUGGAUAUUUUAUCUCGUAUGCUUACUAUGGCUGAGCACAUCAAGAAAAUCAAGGGACUCAGGGUCACGAGGCGCUCUCCUUCGAUUACACAUCUUUUUUUCGCAGAUGAUGCAAUGUUAUUCUUACAUGCAACUCCUACCUCUUGUCAUCAUGUGAUAGAUAUUUUGUCUAAGUUUGGUGAGAUCUCAGGGCAACAGCUGAACUUGAACAAAUCUUUCGUAAAGUUUAGUAAACAUGCUCAAUUGGAGGAGGUGGAUGUUCUAAAAGGGAUUUUGAAGGUAGGUCAGGUCUCUGUGAUGGAAAAACAUUUGGGGGCCCCCAUUGAUUUUACGGCUAGGAAGUUGGAUGCUUUUAAAUAUUUGAUUGAUAAGGUGGCUACUAGAACCCUCUCUUGGGCAGCUCUGAAUUUGUCACAAUCAGUGAAACUAAUUCUGAUUAACACUGUGCUGAUUAGCAUUUCCGCACACGUGAUGAAGUGCUUUAAGUUACCAGUUGCGGUCACAAAUAGGAUAGACUCUCUAAUUACUCGUUUCUGGUGGGGAAAUAAGGGAGAGAAGGGCAUGUACUGGGUAAAGAAAAGGAUUAUUCAAAGACCGAAGGGUAUGGGUGGUCUUGGUAUAAGAUCUAUGUCCUAUUUGAAUGACGCUCUUCUGUUCAAACAGGUAGCACGAAUGCACUGCAACCCACAGUUAUUAGUGGCUAGAUCUAUGGAGCCUACUCAUAGUUGUUCCUUGUGUACGGGGGAGUCUAGGAUGGAUCUUAAGGGUGGUGCUUCGUGGGGUAGGUGUGGUUUAUUUAAUGUGGCAAAUAAGGUUGUAAAGGGCUAUAAUUGGAAGAUCGGGAAUGGGGAUAGAGUGAAAGUCGCAAAUAUGAGAUGGGUGCAAGGUUCAGUUCCGGUUUUCAAUUCUGAUCAACCCCUGAGGGGGGUGGGCUUGGAGAGAGUGAAAGAUUUAAUAUCCCGUGAUACUAAAUCUUGGAAUGUAGCAUUGAUAAGACAAAAGUUUGAAUGGAGCACAGCGCAGAAGAUUUUGGAAAUGGAGCUACCUUCAACUGAGGAGACGGAUAGACUAUACUGGGGUAGCCAUGCUUCAGGAGUUUAUACUGUGAAAACAGGUUAUGCUUUUCUAAUGAAUGAGUUAUCAGGGCAACAAGAUGCUAGUCUGGAGCAUAGCUUCUACCGACUAAUCUGGAAGCUAAACAUCCCACCGAAAUGGAGUUUGUUCCUGUGGAAGCUGGUGAUGAAUGGAUUGGCGGUUAAGGGUAAUUUAGCCCGGAGGGGAAUUGAUAUAGCUGAUCAUUGUGACUCUUGUGAAAUUGAUGAAUCUACUCCUCUGAGACACUGGAUUCAACAUUAUAUCCUGCUUUUUCAUAGCGAGGAUGGAAAGAAGAGUGACCAUGUACCAACGUUUAUUGGGGUACUUUGGAGCCUCUGGUUAACAAGAAAUGGAAGAAUCUUUCGAAAUGAAGGAGGUUAUCUGGUAGAUUUGUUUAGGAAUUACAAUCUGGCAAUGAAAGAACUCUCAGUUUGGCGCAAAUUAGAGGGAGGAGAUGUCAUAAGAGGGAAAGAGACAUUGGCUCAUAAUUUCCCACCGGGGUUUGAGCGGGUCAACAUAGGAUGUGCUACGGAUGACAUUAGUACCCCUACAGAUUCAAGGAUAGAAAUGGUUAUCAAGGUGGAUGGCUCCUGGAGCAAGAGAGAUGGGAAUGCAGGGGCGGGAUGGGCUUACUCAGUGAAUAACCAAGCUUUUAGUACAGGUGGUGGGGAUUAUGGAAGGGCCCUUUCCCCUCUACAUGCCGAGCUUUUAGCUUGUGUGGCUGCUCUAAGGUGGACCCGAAUGAAAGGAAAACGACGAAUUGUAUUGUUCACUGAUUCUCUUGCGACAGUUCAACUGAUCAAACAUCCGAGAAGAAGGGAAUUGCGUCUACUAUGGACAAUUCAAGACUUAUUGCAGGAAGGGCAACUGUUUCAAACUUGUCUAAUCUGGAAAGUUAGCAGGGAUCAGGUGGCUGAGGCACAUGACAUUGCUACUAGAUGUAGAGUAGAUUUAUUAAGCUUUUCUAUUUAG